CACGCCAAGUUUAGAUCAACUCAUUUCACUUCUUUCAUUCUCUGUUUUAUUGUGAAGCGCUUUGAUGCGGGAGCGCCGGUUUUGAAAGUGAAACCUCGUCUGGGACGGCGAACGUAAACGUAAAUGAAAUUACAUGUGCACCAUAUAGCAGACCACUCGCACUUAUUAAGAGUCUGUUCCCGGUUUUAUUCUGACUGCAGGGAAGUUUUGGAAAUGUCCUGUGCUGCUCAUCGGGACCAGGGGGGAUUUUUAAAAAGGAUCUUUACAGUUUUAACAGUGCGGUGUCUGAUGUCGCUGCCGAUUUUCCUAUGAACUUUCUAUACGCCUUUUUUUGUGUUGAACUGGGAUUAAAUAGCGUUUUCUGUGUUUCGGCUGUGCGAGAGUUUUGGGUAUUGCUGGGCUUUUUUCUCUGUAGUUCUGAAGUCUGACCGAACUAUGUCGCACCAAAUGUCGCCUUUUAGGACGAGAAAGUGCCGAGUUGCAGAUAUAUUACCCUGGUGGUCUAACAGCACGGGUCGGGGGGCACAACGAAUCUCAGCGUAUUCGGCCCGUUAUGAAAAUAUCUUCUCAUGUAUACUUUCCCCAGGAAGUUGACGAGGCCCUUUUAAACUGCACAUCCCUUCCUGUAGCCCGUCUGGCAAAUGUUUUUAUUCCUGUAAUUUUCUGCUUUGUGCCCCACACUCGUGCUUGAAAUAUUAAGCAAACGCGGCGGUUUCAGCACAAAUCAGAAGUUGCGGGUGGCGAGUAAAGUCUCCCAUAAAGUGUAGGAUACCUUUGAUUACAUCCGAAAUUAUUAUUGUCUAUUCUUAACUAUACUGAUCUGUUCUGCAAUCUAAAAUUACAUUACAUUUACACUUAACAUGCCAUGGCUAAUAGUGUGAUAGCACAGCAUCCUUUUAACUUGGAAAAGGGGAGGAUUGUGGUUUUAAAAACAGCGCGCAAAAAAAACCUGGAAAAAUUAAGAAUAUGUUUGGGAGGAAAAACCGCUGAAUGACUUUGCGCAUGUCUGAGUAUAUACCCGAAAUGAUGUAUAAUAAUACUAGAAACAAGACUUAUAUGUGGACUUAUUUUUCAGUUUUGCUGUAAAACACGUGUGACCCGCAGGCCGUGUUUUUGUGCAUACUCAGACAUAUUUUUCCCCACCCUGCUCGGUUAUGAUAACACCACAGCAUCGGCCCUGCAGCCCUCCUCCGCGUUCUGACAACGUGCAGCGCUCACAGGAAACGGGAGGCCAGUGACCUCGGCCGCCUGCCGUUAACGUUUUAACGCGCAAAGCGGGCUGGGGCUGGAUUAAGGGGUUCAGAUGUGCAGGUCGAUGACCCAUUGGACUUAAAAUAUUCAUUUGUUAGCACAUUUCCAGCAAGCACAUGCUGAACUUGUACAUAGGGUUGAUCUCAUGGGCACUUCCAUCAGUAACUCUGUGUCAGUUUGGUGAAUAUAGUCCCAUUUACAUUUGAGGAAGAGUCAACAGGCCCCUCUUGUGGUGGUUCAAGAGGCAGCAUUUCCUGGUCACAUGACUGGGGUUGCAGGUUUGCAUCUGGCUGCCUCAUUUUAACAAAGUGCCUCUUGUGUAAACUUGGGAGUCUAAGCAGAAUGAGCUUGUUGAAGUUUGGCUGCUGUAUUAAGGUUGAUUCAUACAACGGAGGUAUGGUAUUGCCGCAUAUUAUGCGCCAUAGCUUACGUGGUAUCUGGACACGGACCUCCCCAGAAAUGCAGCUACACAUCGCGGGGACACGAACCGUUCGCAGUGACUCAGGCCACGGCGUAAGCUCUGCAUAGACUCGACGCCAAAGUGACGUUCAGCCUUUAUACAUGAUGCUCAUGUAAUCCCGCAUAGAGUCAAAGCACGCCUAUGCUUCUCACAGACUGCAGACCUGACUCGGAGUCUGUGUCAGACUCCUGUGUUUCCUUUCAUCAGUUUUUGUUGACGUCCCCCCUCACCCACCCAGAGACACAGGCUCGCACGCAAGCCGUCCCUCGGUGUUUUCAGGUGCCCCCCCCCAGGCCCUGACUGGCAGUUGAGGUGGUAAACGGGUGAAUCGCAAUCCCAGUGUGUUUCAGCACACGUUUCCAUGGCUGCGGUUCCCACCCCCAUUUCAGGCAGUGCUGUUUACCUUCCUUGUUUUCUGUACCUGUGUUUGUCUGGACGUGCGUGCGAACCAAGCCGGGGGCCGGGGGGAGUCGUGACCUGGGGGAGCUGCUAAUCACUUUUUCCCGUCACUAAACUGUAGUGAUGAGAGCCGUCUUGCGGGAUGGUCCUUAUGCUCGCAUUACCUGACUAUCAGUGGUAGCGUUCAAGUCCACCAGUUCACACAGUCCGUGUGCAAAUAUUUGUACGACAUGCUGUUGAAUUUCUGCUUGGAUGUCAUUCUCAGAUUUCAGUAAAGCAACUGAAUAAGAAAGUUUGAAAGAGCAGAGCUUUGCCUAAAAACCCCGCAGAAUAAACACGUGGUUCCCCUCUGCACAUGCUCUGGUGUGGUAUGAGUGUUUCAUUCGGCUCGCGGGUGAAGGAAUGUUCUUUAUGUCGACGCUCUUCGUGGGAACAUGUGACGUGUGAAAAGCAAAGGAACUUCAGUCCUUAGGAAUAUAGACUUGGGUGCUUUGGUCCAGAAAGUAAAAUUGAAAGAUUAAGGAGCCUGAAAGUGGUCAGUGUUCAGCUUCUCAACCUUUUCAAGGUCAUGUCCAUAUGGUCGCCUCCUAACUGGACCAGUUUAGUUUUCUCUCCUUCUGGGUAUAUCCCAACUGGACCAGUUCAGUUUUCUCUUCUUCCAGGUAUCUCCUAAGUGGACCAGUUUAGUUUUCUCUCCUACUGGGUACAUCCCAGCUGGACCAGUUCAGUUUUCUCUCUUUCACUCCACAUAGAAAGGGAAGAGUAUGGAAACUCUGAGGAAAGUGUUGGGUGUGACCUAUUUCCUGUGGCCAUUUCCUUCCUAAAAUAUUGUUUUAAAUGGGUAGAUGGAAAGCGGGUUGGCAUUCUGGCAAAUGGCAUUUUGACAGACUGACACAGUCUGGCACAGGUAACUCAGCACAGUGCUGUUGUCACUAUCUAAUCUAGGCCAUUAUUGAACCACAUCAUCACGACGUUGGCAUUGAUCAUGACUGUUUGCUGAUGUAAGCUGUGCGUGUUCAGUGUCACUGUGAAAUGUGUGUGUUCAUAGUGUUCAUAGUGGUGGAAGUCUGAAAUUGCAUUUAAAUUCACAUUUAGCUUACAGUUAAUUGGUUAAUCCUAUCAGUCCUUUGUGGGCUGCAGAUGUUGGGACACAUGGCCGUGUGAUUCAGCAGGGUGGGGGAGGGGGUCUGUCUCCAUCUGACACGUCUGCAUGUUGGACCUUCUGUUGGGUUACAUAGCUGCUCUAGGAGGAAGGGCCCUGCAGUGAGGGUGUCGGGCUGAGUAUCACCUGAGUAAGUCUGCUGUAGGUCACUAUCAGAGCUGGAUUUCCGCUGUAUCCCUGCACAUCUCAGGAGGACACAUGAUGAAACACCAGAGAUGAAAGUGUGAAGGACAGCACUCCAGACGUAGGAGCAGGGAAGCGACAGCAUCCCAGACUGCCGCCUGCCCUGUGCUCGCUGUGGUGACCAGUGCCCCGGCUUCCACAUGCACGGAUGGAGGAAAACCUGCGUUCACUGCCGGUGUGUGCGUGAGGAGCACGGGUUCCGCUCUGUGCCGGGAGCAUUGGACAGGAUGGUGGCUAAGCUAGUGGCUGAUGUCCGGAGACAUUCCAUCUCUGAUGAUGACUCGGGGUGUGCCUCUGAGGAGUACGCUUGGGUCCCCCCCAGGCUCAAACCCGAACAGGUGCACCAGUACUUCAGCUGUAUUCCGGAGGACAAGGUGCCCUAUGUCAACAGCCUAGGGGAAACUUACAGAGUUAAACAGCUUCUGCACCAGCUGCCAGCACAUGACAGUGAGCCUCAGUACUGUAACACACUGGAUGAGAAUGAGAAGAGAGAACUUCAGCUCUUUAGCCAGAAGAGGAAAAGCGAGAACCUGGGCAAGGGGAAUGUGCGGCUGUUCCCCGUCACCAUGACCAGCGCCAUCUGUCGGGAGUGUGGCCGGCCGAUCCAGGGGGGUGACCUGGCGGUGCUGGCCAGCCGGGCCGGGCCAGGCGCAUGCUGGCACCCCCAGUGCUUCCUGUGCUGCCAGUGCCAUGAGCUGCUGGUGGACCUCAUCUACUUCUACCAGGACGGCCGGAUGUACUGCGGGCGGCACCAUGCCGAGCAGAUCAGACCGCGCUGCCAGGCCUGUGACGAGAUCAUCCUGGCGGACGAGUGUGCGGAGGCCGAGGGGAGGCAUUGGCACCUGCGACACUUCUGCUGCUCCGGGUGCGAGGCGGCGCUGGGCGGCCAGCACUACAUCAUGCGUGAGGGGCGGCCUCACUGCUGCUCCUGCUACGAGUCCCUCUACUCUGAUUACUGCGACUCCUGUGGGGAGGUCAUAGGGAUCGACCAGGGCCAGAUGACCUAUGAGGGCCAGCACUGGCACGCCGCCGAGUCCUGUUUCUGCUGCACCCGCUGCCGGCUGCCGUUGCUGGGCCGGCCCUUCCUUCCUCGCGGGGGCCUCAUUUUCUGCUCACGCCCCUGCUCUUUGGGGGAGGACCCGUACAGCUCUGACUCCUGCGACUCAGCACUGCAGAGCGCAUCCCGACGGACGCAGUGUGUGGAUGCCACCGGCCCGAUCCAUCGGCAGCGACGGUGUCACAGCACCACCCAGUGUUCAGAAAACCUCACUGCAGCCGGCUGCGGCGUUCCAGAGAAGGGCAGCAUAAAUCCGGCUGCCUCCAGUGUGGCACAGCCAAACGGACACCUCCCUGCUCAAAGCCCCCAGCCACCGGACCUUCGCCCCAGCGACGCUCGCCCUCAGCGCGGUGCAAGUGACGUCACAUCAGAGUAUCUAGAGUUCCUCCCGAAAUGCUCUUCAAGAGGCACGUCAACUGAGAAGGAAGCGGACAGUGCAGGCGAGCUUGGCAGCCGGGUGUGUGACUCUCAGUGUGCCUCCUCAGCUGCUCCCAGUGAGAGUCUGCCCGCCUCCCCGGCUGUUUCCGCACCGCCCGCUACCUCCCUGCCGCCCGACCCGUGCCCCCCACCCCCCCGGCCCGGCGGCGCCAGGGUCAGCUUCCGCGAGCCGAUCAGCUGCAGCUACCUGAUAGACGAGGAGGAUGCUGAUGAGGAAGAGCAGGGGCGGGGCGAGGACCCUACAUGUGGGAAGCUCCGAUUCCAGAGGCAAACGCCGCAAGUGUGCGGAGCCCCACGCAUGGAGCUGCUGGCAGAUGGACCGUACCAACAGCGAACUUCCCGAAGGGGUGGUUCAGGCUGGAGCCACAGUCAGGGCGCCUCUGGCACACCCCUUCACCUGAGCACGAGAAGGCACCCCCAGCGGACUAAUGCCACCAGGCCCUGUCUGGAUGCCCUGGACUGGCAUGGGGACCUGGAGAAGGGCCCGCCUGCCCACAACCAUGCCCCUCUCACCCUAUUGCCCAGCCGCUGGAAGCACGAAGAUCCCUGCUCCACCUGCUCCUCCUCCUCCGAGUCCGAGGAGGAGGGCUACUUCCUCGGACAGCCCAUCCCGCUGCCCCCACAGCUCCAUCGGUCUGUAUCGGGUGGAGGGCGCGGGGCGGGAUGGAUGGAAGGAGAGACAGGAUCCAGCCGGCGGGACGGGAGGGGGAGGCCCCGCAGCCGCAGUGGGAAGGACGGAGACGCGCACUGCAGCAUCUCCUGAGCCUCUGCAUCUCAUUACAAACCUGCAAUCUACAGCACAUGCAAAGGUGUGCUUAGGGUUCGAGGGGAUGCAUUGCGUUUCUGCCCUUCGCCACUGAGAGCCACAUCCAAGGGCUGCUUUUGGGAAUGAAUUCUAUGACCGUGCUGCAAUAUCAGAUAGUGAUGUUCUAUCUGAGCUAAAAUGUACACCCUUGUGCAAAUUAAUUGAAACAAGUUAUUGCAUCUAUAUGCUCUCAGAUUGACCACAGUUAAGGCAGACAUCACAGUCACAUUAAUUCAUACUUAUCACCUUGGGAAUAUUUAAGACCUGGUGGGAAUAACCCAGGAUGGGGGGCUGAUUCAUCGCAGGGCUCACGCACCAUUCAUGCCUGUGGGGAACUUGGCAGCUCCAGUUAACCUUGGCAUGUUUUUGGACUGUGGGGGAAACCAGAGAACCUGGAGGAAACCCCCCAACGACACGGGGAGGCCCCCCAACCCCAGGGCAUUUACCUGAAACGCACAUGGGGGGUUUAUACACAGUCAUAUCACCCAGCUCUAACCCACCCGGGCAGAUCUGCCAGUCUGUGGGCACAGUGCCUCCACAGUCCAUCCACCCAGCACACUCUCUGCCCUGUUGGCUGUGCAAACCAGCAGGUCCCAGGCCACUGCAUGCAGGUCUGUGUGACAACUUGUUUCAAUUCAUUUGCACAAGGGUGUCCAAGGGUGUCCAGUGUGUCUUCUGACACCAGGAAUGGAACAUGUGUAAGCUGACAAUCCCAUCUGAUAGGCACUGACAUACCUGCCUGUAUUGUGGCAAAGGUUUCGGAAUAUUAAUGAACAUUAAUAUAACAGAAAGUGACACUAAUGGCAGAAGAUCAAAUUAAGGAGGAAAGGCCAAAAACUGGAAUUAAACAGGAGAUGGAAAA